CAGCAGGUCUCGCGGUGUACGGAGUUUAAAGUGUAGACAUUUCGUUUCGGGGUUUGUCCUGACCCGGGACCGGACCGGACCGGACUUUCAGCACACGGAUUAACGCGGACACCCUUUCACAUGGGGAGCUAAAGCGCGCGCUCGGUGCAGAAUGUUAGUUUUUCCGCUGUUUGAGUUACUCUUGCUCGCGUGCACGGCUGCCUGGUCUCGUGCACUCCGCUCGCAGGGCAGAAGCGUCGCGAGGCAGGCGCGCGCCGCGUCGGAUAGCCGCCCGGAGGUGGUAGGUGUCACGAGCAGCCCGAACCAUUUACCCGAGGGGGGGUUCUCAGAGGUGACCCCAGGGGGCAGUUACAGGAGCACCAUGGUGACCACCACGGUCGGUGAUUUACCCCAAACAACAACAACAACAACAACAACAACAGCGGUUCAGAGCUCGACAAAGCCAAACAUUUCAUUAACAACUAGUUUCUCAUCUCCUAACGUGACUCACCUGCAAAACCAAACUACCACGCCUACGUGGGAUUUUACCACCAACACCACCACAACCACCAGCACACCCAGUACACCCAGUACACCCAGCCUUACCACCAAAACAGGUCCUCAGUGUAACUGCAGCACAGACGGCUCGGUCGACCCACACAGCUGUGACCCUCACACUGGCGGCUGUACGUGUGUGCGUGGCUACACGGGGUUCCGUUGCGAGCAGUGUUACAGCGGCUAUUUCAGAAACCACACAGGUGCCUGCCAGCCAUGUGACUGUGACUCAUCCGGAGCAACGGGGCCACAGUGUAAUCGCUCAGGAGUGUGCGAGUGUAAAAGCGGAGUGUACGGCGACAAGUGUGACGACUGCCAGCCGGCCUUCUUUAACUUCAGCAGCGCAGGGUGCCAAGCAUGCCAGUGCAACAAUCACUCCAGCACCUGCGACAGACAAUCAGGCGUCUGUUUGUACUGCCAGGGGAACACCAGAGGUCCCAGCUGCGAGGAGUGCAAACCACACUUCUACAGGGAGCCCGGAGCCAGCCCGAGCAAGUCGUGCUUGCCCUGCCCCUGCUCCACUGUCACUUCUUCAGGCAACUGCACUCUUGACGAACGCGGCCGGCCAGUGUGUGACCAGUGUAACCCUGGCUACGAGGGCUCCACCUGUGAGAACUGCUCUGAUGGAUACUACAACGCCGACAGUAUCUGUGUGCCAUGCGAGUGCAACGGGAACACCCGCAUCUGUAACCCAGAAACCGGACACUGUCUAAACUGCAGCUACAAUACCACCGGGCCACACUGCCAGCACUGCGCCCCUGGGUUCACCGGAGACGCUCUUGCCAGGAACUGCACAGCUAUCGUGCCCACUACACCUGCAUACUUUUCCACUAUGACCCCCAGCCCUAAUGUAACUGAUCAGCUCCCCACCUCGUCCACGGCGCUCCUCUCCAGCCUGACAAGCCCCACUGCCAACAGCACGACUCCCCCUGUUCAGCUCACCUGGGCUCAGUUCAACUUAAUCAUCCUGGCCGUCAUCAUCACACUGAUAUUGGCACUGCUGGGAGCAGCAGGCGGCAUCUACACCUACCGCCAGUACCAGAACCGUAAGAUUAACGCACCCUUUUGGACAAUUGAGCUGAAGGAGGACAACAUCAGCUUCAGCAGCUACCAUGACAGUCUGACCAACGCAGACGCCUCAGGCCUGUUGGACGAUGAGACAUGUGAGGCGGCGUCCAACGGGCAGCUCACCCUCAACAGCCCAGGGAGUUUAUACAUGCCAUGACUUGAUCUUCGAUAAUGGUAGCGUAACGUUGAUAAUGUCGAUUUGAGAUGAUUAGAAAAUCGUGAUUUAUUCCUGUAUUUGGAAUCGCAUUUCUUUUUGUGAGUGUGCAUCGGUUAUUUAAGUAUUAGAUAAAAAUUUGUUGUGAAACGAUUGAGAUUGAAAAUGAAAUGAAAUUGCCAAAGGGUUUUCUUAGUAUUUCAAUGAGGUGGAAAUUGCUAUUUGUAGUUGAAUUUCAGUUACAAAAUCCUGCACACCCACACAGGAAAUGAAAUCAUAAAUACAUGCAAGAAUUUGCUUUAAAAAAAAAAAAAGUGUUAUGAAUUAGAAUCGGGUCUGGCUUACGCUGCCAUAACAAUUGGUUUUAUUUGUUUAACGUUCAGCUUAUGGUUGAGAAAAAAAGAAAAAAAACAGCGGACAUGCUCUGAUGCUUCUGGUUUUACAAGAAGUCUAGACACACAUCAUACAUGUGAAGAAAUGCACAAUGGAGGAUAAGGAAAGCCAGACCGCCUCCACCAGACAGUCUUGGCAGCUCAGCCAGGUCUUAGAUGGUCUGACUGUGGCACCUAGCACUCUGAACUUCUUAUUUAAUUUUAACCAAGGUGUGGUGGGGACCGGACAUGCACUGAUACUUUGGACUUUCCUGAAAAGCUACACACAAAACGUAUACCUGAAGUGAAUCGAGAUGCAUAUAAGAAUUGCACAAAGGAGGAAAAAAAAAAAGAUGUUGAAUGUUAUGAGUGACAUGUGGUUGCAGGUACGAAUGCUACAUGUCAACACUGAUGAUGGUACUCAGGCAUCGAUUUCCAUCCAUAUCGCGGUGAUGUCGGGCUGUUGCACUGCCCUAUGUGAUGGAAUACACGAAACACAUGUAGUAAAUGAAGUUGGGGCAUGUGUGCAUUACCUACAUUACAUGGAUUUUACUAAUAAUAAUAAUGACAGAUUUUUAUGAUGAAUUUAUGACAGCUUAGUUCUGGUGUAAGUAUAUACAUGAGCUGUUUUUAGUCGGAUCAAAUUCGCGUCACCUCACUGCAGUCUCAAGCCAUGCCUGUAGAGGGCAGUAUUUAAUCAAGAGCUAAAAGUUCUCCAGCACCAUCCAUGCCACCUCAUACCCACUAUUCACACUACAUAAAGUCCUUAUAGAGAAAGAGCAGCAACUGUUUCUCUGUGGCACUACCGGCGGAUUAUUAUUUUCUUUCUUUUUUUGAGUGGACACUUUUAAUUGAACCUCAUGGCUGGCCACUGAGCAAUUAUUAUUAUUUUUUUUUACACAGAACAUGCGCGUCUAUGUUGCACUGUGCAUUAAUACUCUUUAGUUUAUUCGUCUUGCAGUAAGUGAGGUUCAGCUUGAUGGGAUUAUUAUUUUUUAUUUUUUUUUUAAAGUGACACCUCAGUUUGCUAAUUUUAUUCACCUCAAGCCUAGACUUGACUAAUUAGAAAAGUGUUUUGAAGCAUAGAAGUGAAAGCACACACAUGGAAAAGGUGUUUGUUGUGUUAUGAGUCAGACUCGCUCCAAGGAAAGACAGCCUUGCCUAAGACGACUUGUAAAAUUUUCUGCUCCUGAUAGAAUGAGUGAAAGGAAUAAAAAACAUAUUCAUUAUGAGCAAACUGAGUGAUUGACGGCAAGAGCGCCAGACAGGAAAGCCUUAAUAACAUUGUUUUCAAGAUUGUUAUUAAUUUGGGGGAAAUGAAUCAGGAAAUAACCCUGGCUAGAUCUAUAAAACGUUUUUACAAACAUAUGUGGUGUAAAAAAAAAGAAAAAAAAAAAAAAAACAGUUAUCUCUUAGCACAGUUGAACUGGUUUUGGCAGCUUUUAACUGAAGCACUGAGCAGUGUGUACAUGAUGCCAAGUCCUGUCUUGCUUCUUUCGCCACAUUCACUUUCUCUCUUCUUACAUUCAGGUUCUCCCUCACACCUGGGGUGUGGUCAUACUGUAAAUACCUGUUGUACAGAGAUAUUACAUUGUAAAUAAGGAUGCUGCUAUUGUAUUGUUUAGGUACGAUGGGGGAGACACCAUACACACACACACACGGUAGAUUUUAGAGCAUCUCACAUUGACCAGAGAAAGACUGGCUAACUUUAUCUGGUCUCAGCCUUUGUGUCAGAGUGCAGCCCAUGCAACCAACCACACAACUAACUCUGUGAAUGAUUUCAAUAAAAACUGUUUUGAUCAAAUCAACUGUGUAUAAUGAUCCCUUCACAACUAAGGGUCCAUGUAUUCUAUUUUUUUGGCAGUUAACCAUUAAAGAAAUG